AAGAUGGCGACGAGCGGCGGCGGCGAAGAGGCGACUGCGGCGGCGGCAGGGGCGCCGACGCUCGGGGCCUCGGCAGAGGGGCCCGACUCGACCCCGGGCUGGGAGGUGGCAGUGCGGCCCCUGCUGUCCGCUUCCUACUCCGCCUUUGAGAUGAAGGAGUUGCCGCAGCUGGUGGCCUCCGUCAUCGAGAGUGAAUCAGAAAUCCUGCACCAUGAGAAGCAGUAUGAGCCAUUCUAUUCAUCUUUUGUUGCACUUUCCACACAUUAUAUUACAACAGUGUGCAGCCUCAUUCCCCGGAACCAACUUCAGUCAGUGGCAGCAGCCUGUAAAGUUCUGAUUGAGUUUUCUCUUUUACGCCUGGAGAAUCCAGAUGAGGCUUGUGCUGUGUCCCAGAAACACCUAAUCCUCCUGAUCAAGGGUUUGUGCACUGGCUGCAGCAGACUAGACAGAACUGAAAUUAUAACAUUCACAGCAAUGAUGAAGUCUGCCAAGCUGCCUCAAACUGUGAAGACACUUUCAGAUGUGGAAGAUCAGAAAGAUCUUGCCUCCCCAGUGAGCCCAGAACUGAGGCAAAAAGAAGUACAGAUGAAUUUCUUAAAUCAGCUGACCUCAGUUUUCAACCCUAAAACUAUAGCAUCACCACCCAUCAGCCCACAGACUCUGGCGGAUGGAGAAAAUGACGAGCAGUCAUCUACAGAUCAAGCCUCUGCUACCAAAACAAAGAAUGUGUUCAUAGCUCAAAACGUGGCCAGUCUUCAAGAGCUUGGUGGCUCAGAGAAGCUAUUGCGUGUGUGUUUGAACUUGCCGUAUUUCCUACGCUAUAUCAAUCGGUUUCAAGAUGCAGUGUUGGCAAAUUCCUUCUUCAUCAUGCCUGCAACAGUAGCAGAUGCUACAGCUGUUCGUAAUGGUUUUCAUUCUCUGGUGAUUGAUGUAACCAUGGCAUUGGAUACCCUUUCUCUGCCUGUGUUGGAACCUCUCAAUCCUUCCCGACUACAGGAUGUGACAGUCCUCAGCCUAAGUUGCCUGUAUGCAGGUGUGAGUGUGGCAACCUGUAUGGCCAUUCUUCAUGUGGGUAGUACUCAGCAAGUGCGGACAGGCUCCACGAGUUCCAAAGAAGAAGACUAUGAAAGUGAUGCUGCUACUAUUGUCCAAAAAUGUCUUGAAAUCUAUGACAUGAUUGGACAAGCAAUCAGCAAUUCCCGCCGGGCUGGUGGUGAGCACUAUCAGAACUUCCAACUGCUGGGUGCCUGGUGUUUGUUAAACAGUCUUUUCCUUAUACUGAACCUCAGUCCUACUGCCUUGGCUGAUAAGGGGAAAGAGAAAGAUCCACUGGCUGCACUCCGAGUCAGAGACAUCCUUUCUCGUACCAAGGAAGGAGUGGGCUCUCCUAAACUUGGGCCUGGAAAAGGGCAUCAGGGAUUUGGAGUGCUCUCGGUAAUAUUGGCAAACCAUGCAAUCAAACUGUUAACGUCUCUCUUCCAAGACCUGCAAGUGGAAGCUCUGCACAAGGGUUGGGAGACAGAUGGUCCUCCUGCAGCCCUUAGUAUUAUGGCCCAGAGUACCUCCAUACAGAGGAUUCAGAGGCUUAUUGACUCUGUCCCCCUUACAAACCUGCUCUUGACCUUACUGUCAACUUCUUAUAGAAAGGCGUGUGUCCUGCAACGUCAGAGGAAGGGCUCCAUGAGCAGUGAUGCCAGUGCCUCUACUGACUCCAAUACUUACUACGAGGAUGAUUUCAGUAGCACUGAGGAGGAUAGCAGCCAAGAUGAUGACAGUGAACCUAUUUUGGGGCAGUGGUUUGAGGAGACCAUCUCCCCAACUAAAGAGAAAGUGGCACCUCCUCCUCCUCCCCCACCUCCUCCUCUGGAGAGCUCUCCUCGAGUUAAAAGCCCCAGUAAGCAGACCACUGGGGAGAAAGGCAACAUUCUGGCUAGUCGAAAAGAUCCUGAAUUGUUCUUAGGUCUGGCUUCCAAUAUUUUGAACUUCAUCACCUCUUCUAUGCUCAACUCUCGGAACAAUUUUAUUCGAAACUAUCUUAGUGUAUCACUUUCAGAACAUCACAUGGCCACCCUGGCCAGUAUCAUCAAAGAGGUGGACAAAGAUGGACUGAAGGGUUCAUCAGAUGAAGAGUUUGCUGCUGCACUUUACCAUUUCAACCAUUCCCUGGUAACAUCUGACCUUCAGUCACCUAACCUGCAGAACACACUGCUGCAGCAGCUGGGAGUCGCUCCUUUUUCUGAGGGUCCGUGGCCCUUGUACAUUCACCCUCAAAGCCUCUCUGUGCUCUCACGCCUUCUGCUCAUCUGGCAACAUAAGGCUGGCGCUCAAGGUGAUCCUGAUGUUCCUGAAUGUCUUAAAGUUUGGGACAGGUUUUUGUCUACAAUGAAGCAGAAUGCCUUGCAAGGAGUGGUGCCUAGUGAGACAGAAGAUUUGAACAUAGAGCAUCUGCAGCUACUCCUUCUCAUUUUCCACAACUUCACUGAGAAAGGCCGACGGGCCAUUCUGACGCUGUUUGUCCAGAUCAUCCAGGAACUGAGUGUCAACAUGGAGGCCCAGAUGCGCUCUGUGCCUCUCAUCCUGGCUCGCCUUCUCUUAAUCUUUGAUUAUCUGCUUCAUCAGUACUCCAAAGCUCCAGUGUAUCUGUUUGAACAGGUACAACAUAAUCUGCUAAGCCCUCCCUUUGGGUGGGCAAGUGGAUCCCAGGACAGCAAUAGUCGCCGGACAACCACUCCCCUUUAUCAUGGAUUCAAAGAAGUAGAAGAAAACUGGUCUAAACAUUUCUCAUCAGAUGCUGUGCCUCAGCCUAGAUUCUACUGUGUCCUGUCUCCAGAGGCCUCAGAGGAUGAUUUGAAUCGCCUUGAUUCUGUGGCAUGUGAUGUUCUUUUCUCCAAACUUGUGAAGUAUGAUGAACUUUACACUGCAUUGACAUCCCUGCUUGCAGCUGGAUCCCAUCUUGAUACUGUCAGGAGAAAGGAAAACAAAACUGUAACAGCUUUGGAGGCCUGUGCCUUGCAAUAUUACUUUUUGAUACUGUGGAGAAUCUUGGGAAUUUUGCCGCCGUCAAAGGCUUAUAUGAACCAGCUGGCCAUGAACACACCUGAGAUGAGUGAGUGUGACAUCCUGCACACUCUGCGAUGGUCUUCUCGCCUCCGUAUCAGCACAUAUGUCAAUUGGAUAAAGGAGCGCCUUGUCAAACAGGGAAUGAAGACUGAGCAUGCUGGUUCUCUCAUAGAACUGGCAUCCACAAAGUGCAGCUCAGUGAAAUAUGAUGUUGAAAUGGUAGAAGAAUACUUUGCUCGCCAGAUCUCCUCAUUCUGCAGCAUUGACUGUACCACCAUCUUACAACUUCAUGAGAUUCCUAGUCUGCAGUCUAUCUACACCCUUGAUGCUGCUAUCUCAAAAGUCCAGGUUUCAUUGGAUGAGCACUUUUCGAAGAUGGCUGCAGAAACAGAUCCUCAUAAGUCAUCAGAGAUCACCAAGAACCUCCUUCCAGCCACAUUACAGCUCAUUGACACCUAUGCAUCCUUUACUAGAGCCUAUUUGCUACAGAAUUUUAAUGAAGAGGGCACUGCUGAAAAACCUUCUAAGGAGAAACUGCAAGGCUUUGCUGCUGUUUUGGCUAUUGGCUCUAGUAGAUGCAAAGCUAACACACUGGGUACCGCACUGGUUCAGAAUUUACCAUCAUCAGUGCAGGCUGUGUGUGAGUCCUGGAAUAAUAUCAAUACCAAUGAAUUUCCCAACAUUGGAUCCUGGCGCAAUGCCUUUGCCAAUGACACUAUCCCUUCAGAAAGUUACAUCAGUGCUGUGCAAGCCGCUCAUCUGGGCACUCUUUGUGGCCAAAGUCUGCCUUUGGCUGCUUCCUUGAAACACACCCUUCUCUCAUUGGUUCGAUUAACUGGAGAUCUUAUUGUUUGGUCUGAUGAGAUGAACCCACCACAGGUAAUUCGGACCUUGUUACCCCUUCUUUUGGAGUCAAGCACUGAGAGUGUUGCUGAGAUCAGUAGCAACUCCCUGGAACGCAUCUUGGGCCCUGCGGAGUCUGACGAGUUCUUGGCUCGAGUUUAUGAGAAGUUGAUUACUGGUUGUUACAACAUUUUGGCCAAUCAUGCAGAUCCCAACAGUGGACUGGAUGAAUCUAUCUUGGAAGAAUGUCUCCAGUAUUUGGAAAAGCAACUAGAAAACAGCCAGGCUCGUAAAGCAAUGGAAGAAUUUUUCUCUGAAAGUGGAGAACUUGUGCAGAUCAUGAUGGCAACAGCCAAUGAGAACCUCUCUGCUAAAUUCUGUAAUCGAGUUUUGAAAUUCUUCACCAAACUCUUCCAGCUGACCGAGAAGAGCCCUAACCCGAGCCUUCUGCAUCUCUGUGGCUCUUUGGCACAGCUGGCUUGUGUGGAGCCCGUGCGUCUCCAGGCCUGGCUCACCCGCAUGACUGCCUCACCCCCGAAAGAUUCUGACCAGCUGGAUGUGAUCCAGGAGAACCGGCAAUUGUUGCAGUUACUGACCACAUACAUUGUUCGGGAGAACAGCCAAGUUGGGGAAGGUGUGUGUUCUGUGUUGCUGGGCACACUGAUCCCCAUGGCAACAGAGAUGCUAGCCAAUGGUGAUGGGACUGGCUUCCCUGAACUCAUGGUUGUGAUGGCAACCUUGGCCAGUGCAGGUCAAGGUGCUGGGCAUCUUCAACUUCAUAAUGCUGCUGUGGACUGGCUGAGCAGAUGUAAGAAAUACCUGUCACAGAAGAAUGUGGUUGAAAAACUGAAUGCCAGUGUAAUGCAUGGAAAGCAUGUGAUUGUCUUGGAGUGCACAUGUCAUAUUAUGUCUUACUUGGCUGAUGUCACGAAUGCUCUCAGUCAAAGUAAUGGUCAAGGUCCAAGUCACCUCUCAGUGGAUGGAGAAGAGCGAGCCAUUGAGGUUGACUCAGACUGGGUGGAGGAGUUGGCAGUGGAAGAGGAAGAUUCUCAGGCUGAGGAUUCAGAUGAAGAUUCUCUUUGCAAUAAACUCUGCACUUUUACCAUCACACAGAAAGAGUUCAUGAACCAACAUUGGUACCACUGCCACACUUGCAAAAUGGUCGAUGGGGUGGGUGUGUGCACAGUAUGUGCUAAGGUGUGCCACAAGGAUCAUGAGAUUUCCUAUGCCAAAUAUGGAUCAUUCUUCUGUGACUGUGGAGCCAAGGAAGAUGGGAGCUGUUUGGCACUGGUGAAGCGAACUCCUAGCAGUGGCAUCAGCUCCACUAUGAAGGAGUCAGCAUUUCAGAGUGAACCUAGGGUUUCUGAGAGCUUGGUGCGCCAUGCCAGCACCUCUUCAGCGGACAAGGCCAAGGUCACCAUCAGUGAUGGAAAGGUUGCUGAUGAAGAAAAGCCCAAGAAGAGCAGCCUGUGUCGCACAGUGGAAGGCUGUCGGGAGGAGCUACAGAACCAGGCCAAUUUUUCCUUCGCGCCUCUUGUGUUAGACAUGCUCAAUUUCCUAAUGGAUGCCAUUCAGACGAACUUUCAGCAGGCUUCGGCUGUAGGGAGCAGCAGCCGGGCUCAGCAAGCCCUUAGUGAGCUGCAUACAGUGGAAAAGGUGGUUGAGAUGACAGACCAGCUGAUGGUUCCCACCUUAGGUUCCCAGGAAGGAGCCUUUGAGAACGUGCGGAUGAAUUAUAGUGGUGACCAGGGCCAGACCAUUCGACAGCUCAUUAGUGCCCAUGUGCUCAGGCGAGUAGCCAUGUGUGUACUCUCCUCACCACAUGGACGCCGCCAGCAUUUGGCUGUCAGCCAUGAGAAAGGCAAGAUCACUGUUCUGCAGCUCUCUGCACUCCUGAAGCAGGCAGAUUCAAGCAAAAGGAAGUUAACUCUGACCCGUUUGGCUUCUGCCCCAGUUCCUUUUACUGUCUUGAGCCUUACUGGAAAUCCUUGCAAAGAGGACUACCUUGCAGUUUGUGGACUGAAGGACUGCCAUGUGUUGACCUUCAGUAGCUCAGGGUCUGUUUCAGAUCACUUGGUGUUGCACCCGCAAUUGGCAACUGGGAACUUUAUCAUCAAAGCUGUAUGGUUACCUGGUUCUCAGACUGAGUUAGCAAUCGUCACGGCCGACUUUGUCAAGAUUUAUGACUUGUCUGUUGAUGCUUUGAGCCCAACAUUCUACUUUCUCCUGCCUAGCUCAAAGAUAAGAGAUGUUACCUUUCUCUUCAAUGAGGAGGGGAAGAACAUAAUUGUUAUAAUGUCUUCUGCUGGAUAUAUCUAUACUCAGCUCAUGGAAGAUGCCAGCAGUGCCCAGCAGGGACCCUUCUAUGUCACUAAUGUACUGGAAAUCAAUCACGAGGACCUAAAGGACAGUAAUAGCCAGGUUGCAGGCGGCGGUGUGUCCGUGUACUACUCCCAUGUGUUGCAGAUGUUGUUCUUCAGCUAUUGUCAAGGCAAAUCCUUUGCAGCAACCAUCAGUAGGACUACUCUGGAGGUGUUGCAGCUCUUCCCUAUCAACAUCAAAAGCUCCAAUGGUGGCAGUAAAACAUCUCCUGCUCUUUGCCAGUGGUCUGAGGUGAUGAACCAUCCUGGCUUAGUAUGUUGUGUCCAACAAACUACAGGUGUGCCACUGGUAGUUAUGGUGAAACCAGACACUUUUCUUAUCCAGGAAAUUAAAACUCUUCCUGCAAAAGCUAAGAUCCAAGACAUGGUUGCCAUUAGACACACUGCCUGCAAUGAGCAGCAGCGGACAACGAUGAUCUUGCUGUGUGAAGAUGGCAGCCUGCGUAUUUACAUGGCCAAUGUGGAGAACACUUCCUACUGGCUGCAGCCGUCCUUGCAGCCUAGCAGUGUCAUCAGCAUAAUGAAGCCUGUGAGAAAACGGAAAACAGCUACCAUCACAACCCGCACGUCUAGCCAAGUGACGUUCCCCAUUGACUUCUUUGAACACAACCAGCAGCUAACAGAUGUGGAGUUUGGUGGUAAUGAUCUCCUGCAGGUCUAUAAUGCACAACAAAUAAAGCACCGACUGAAUUCCACUGGCAUGUAUGUAGCCAACACCAAGCCUGGUGGCUUCACAAUUGAGAUUAGUAACAACAACAGUACUAUGGUGAUGACAGGCAUGCGCAUCCAGAUUGGGACUCAGGCAAUUGAACGUGCCCCAUCAUAUAUUGAGAUCUUUGGCAGGACUAUGCAGCUUAACCUGAGUCGCUCACGCUGGUUUGACUUCCCCUUCACCAGGGAAGAAGCCCUUCAGGCUGAUAAGAAGCUGAACCUCUUCAUUGGGGCCUCAGUGGAUCCAGCAGGUGUAACCAUGAUAGAUGCUGUAAAGAUUUAUGGCAAAACGAAGGAACAGUUUGGUUGGCCUGAUGAGCCCCCAGAAGAAUUUCCUUCUGCCUCCGUCAGCAACAUCUGCCCUUCAAACCUGAACCAAAGCAAUGGCACAGGGGACAGUGACUCGGUAGCCCCGACUACCACCAGUGGAACUGUUCUGGAGAGGCUGGUUGUGAGUUCUUUAGAAGCUCUGGAAAGCUGCUUUGCUGUUGGUCCAAUCAUCGAAAAGGAGAGAAACAAAAAUGCAGCUCAGGAGCUGGCCACACUGCUGCUGUCCCUGCCAGCCCCUGCCAGUGUCCAGCAGCAGUCCAAGAGCCUUCUGGCUAGUCUUCAUACCAGCCGCUCAGCCUAUCACAGCCACAAGGAUCAGGCCUUGCUUAGCAAAGCUGUGCAGUGUCUCAACACAUCCAGCAAAGAAGGCAAGGACUUGGACCCUGAGGUGUUCCAGAGACUGGUGAUCACAGCUCGCUCUAUUGCCAUCAUGCGCCCUAACAACCUUGUCCACUUUACGGAGUCAAAGCUGCCCCAGAUGGAAACAGAAGGAGUGGAUGAGGGAAAGGAACCUCAGAAGCAGUUGGAAGGAGAUUGUUGUACCUUCAUCACCCAGCUUGUUAACCACUUCUGGAAACUCCAUGCAUCCAAACCCAAGAAUGCCUUUCUGGCACCUGCCUGCCUGCCAGGCCUGACUCAUAUUGAAGCUACUGUCAAUGCUCUAGUAGACAUUAUCCAUGGAUACUGUACUUGUGAGCUGGACUGCAUUAACACAGCAUCCAAGAUCUAUAUGCAGAUGCUCUUGUGUCCUGAUCCUGCUGUGAGCUUCUCUUGUAAACAAGCUCUAAUUCGAGUCCUAAGGCCACGGAACAAACGGAGACAUGUGACAUUGCCUUCCUCCCCUCGAAGCAACACUCCAAUGGGAGACAAGGACGAUGAUGAUGAUGAUGACGCAGAUGAGAAAAUGCAGUCAUCAGGGAUCCCGAAUGGUGGUCACAUCCGUCAGGAAAGCCAGGAACAGAGUGAGGUGGACCAUGGAGAUUUUGAGAUGGUGUCUGAGUCGAUGGUCCUGGAGACAGCUGAAAAUGUCAACAAUGGCAACCCCUCUCCCCUGGAGGCCCUGCUGGCAGGUGCAGAGGGCUUCCCCCCCAUGCUGGACAUCCCGCCUGAUGCAGAUGACGAGACCAUGGUUGAACUAGCCAUUGCCCUGAGCCUGCAGCAGGACCAACAAGGCAGCAGCAGCAGUGCCCUGGGCCUGCAGAGCCUGGGGCUGUCCGGCCAGGCACCCAGCUCUUCCUCUCUGGACGCAGGAACCCUCUCUGACACCACAGCAUCAGCUCCAGCCUCAGAUGACGAGGGCAGCACAGCAGCUACUGAUGGUUCCACCCUGCGGACCUCUCCUGCUGACCAUGGUGGUAGUGUGGGCUCGGAGAGCGGGGGAAGUGCUGUGGACUCAGUGGCUGGCGAGCACAGUGUAUCUGGCCGGAGCAGUGCUUAUGGUGAUGCCACAGCUGAGGGACAUCCAGCUGGCCCAGGAAGUGUCAGCUCAAGCACUGGCGCCAUCAGCACCACCACUGGGCACCAAGAGGGAGAUGGCUCAGAGGGAGAAGGAGAAGGAGAAGCUGAAGGAGAUGUCCACACUAGCAACAGGUUACACAUGGUCCGUUUGAUGCUGUUGGAGAGACUACUGCAAACACUGCCCCAGUUGCGAAAUGUUGGAGGUGUCCGGGCCAUCCCAUACAUGCAGGUCAUUCUGAUGCUCACUACAGAUCUGGAUGGAGAAGAUGAGAAGGACAAGGGAGCCCUGGACAACCUGUUGUCCCAACUUAUUGCAGAACUGGGCAUGGAUAAAAAGGAUGUCUCCAAGAAGAAUGAGCGCAGCGCCCUGAAUGAGGUCCAUCUGGUAGUAAUGAGACUUCUAAGUGUCUUCAUGUCUCGGACCAAAUCUGGAUCCAAGUCAUCUAUAUGUGAGUCUUCUUCCCUCAUCUCCAGUGCCACAGCAGCAGCCCUGCUGAGCUCUGGGGCUGUGGACUACUGCUUGCAUGUGCUCAAGUCCCUCUUGGAGUACUGGAAGAGCCAACAGAAUGAUGAGGAGCCUGUGGCUACCAGCCAGCUGCUGAAACCACAUACUACUUCAUCCCCACCUGACAUGAGCCCAUUCUUUCUCCGCCAGUAUGUGAAGGGUCAUGCUGCAGAUGUAUUUGAGGCCUAUACACAACUUUUAACAGAGAUGGUACUGAGGCUUCCAUACCAAAUCAAAAAGAUCGCUGACACCAAUUCUCGAAUCCCUCCGCCUGUCUUUGACCACUCAUGGUUUUAUUUUCUCUCUGAGUACCUGAUGAUCCAGCAGACUCCGUUUGUACGUCGACAAGUUCGCAAACUUCUGCUCUUCAUCUGUGGAUCAAAGGAGAAGUAUCGCCAGCUCCGGGAUUUGCACACCCUGGAUUCCCACGUGCGGGGAAUCAAGAAGCUGCUAGAAGAGCAGGGGAUAUUCCUCCGGGCAAGUGUGGUCACAGCCAGCUCAGGCUCCGCCUUGCAGUAUGAUACACUCAUCAGCCUGAUGGAACAUCUCAAAGCCUGUGCUGAGAUUGCUGCCCAGAGAACCAUCAACUGGCAGAAAUUCUGCAUCAAAGACGACUCCGUGCUGUACUUCCUCCUCCAAGUCAGUUUCCUGGUGGACGAGGGGGUAUCUCCAGUGCUGCUGCAGCUGCUCUCCUGUGCUCUUUGUGGGAGCAAAGUGUUGGCUGCCCUGGCUGCCUCUAGUAGCUCCUCCAGCACUUCUUCCUCCUCGGCCCCUGUGGCUUCCAGUUCUGGACAAGCCACAACUCAGUCUAAGUCGUCCACUAAAAAGAGCAAGAAAGAAGAAAAGGAAAAGGAGAAAGAGGGUGAGGGCUCAGGCAGCCAAGAGGACCAGCUGUGCACCGCUCUGGUGAACCAAUUGAACAAAUUUGCAGAUAAAGAAACUCUGAUUCAGUUUCUGCGUUGCUUCCUGUUAGAGUCUAAUUCUUCCUCAGUGCGCUGGCAGGCCCAUUGCCUGACACUGCAUAUCUACAGAAAUUCCAGCAAAUCUCAACAGGAGCUCCUGCUAGAUCUGAUGUGGUCUAUAUGGCCAGAACUCCCAGCAUAUGGUCGGAAGGCUGCCCAGUUUGUGGACCUACUAGGAUAUUUCUCCUUGAAAACUCCACAAACGGAGAAGAAGUUAAAGGAGUAUUCACAGAAGGCUGUGGAGAUUCUGCGAACUCAAAACCAUAUACUUACAAACCAUCCUAACUCCAACAUUUAUAACACCUUGUCUGGCCUAGUGGAGUUUGAUGGCUAUUACUUGGAGAGUGAUCCCUGCCUGGUGUGUAAUAAUCCAGAAGUGCCCUUUUGUUACAUCAAGCUGUCUUCCAUCAAAGUGGAUACGCGAUAUACCACCACCCAGCAAGUUGUGAAGCUCAUUGGCAGUCACACCAUCAGCAAAGUGACAGUGAAAAUUGGGGACCUGAAACGCACCAAGAUGGUGCGGACUAUCAACCUGUAUUAUAACAACCGAACUGUGCAGGCCAUCGUGGAGCUGAAAAACAAGCCUGCGCGUUGGCACAAAGCCAAGAAGGUUCAGCUCACUCCUGGACAGACAGAGGUGAAGAUUGAUCUGCCAUUGCCCAUAGUGGCCUCCAACUUGAUGAUUGAGUUUGCAGAUUUCUAUGAAAAUUACCAGGCCUCCACAGAGACUCUGCAGUGCCCACGGUGUAGUGCCUCAGUACCUGCCAACCCUGGUGUCUGUGGCAACUGUGGAGAGAAUGUCUACCAGUGUCACAAAUGCAGAUCCAUCAACUAUGAUGAAAAGGACCCCUUCCUCUGCAAUGCUUGUGGCUUCUGUAAAUAUGCACGCUUCGACUUUAUGCUCUAUGCCAAGCCUUGCUGUGCUGUGGAUCCCAUUGAGAAUGAAGAAGACCGGAAGAAGGCUGUUUCCAAUAUCAAUACUCUCCUGGACAAAGCUGAUCGAGUGUAUCAUCAGCUGAUGGGACAUCGGCCACAGCUAGAGAACCUGCUCUGCAAAGUGAAUGAAGCUGCCCCAGAAAAGCCACAGGAUGAUUCAGGAACGACUGGAGGCAUCAGCUCCACUUCAGCCAGCGUAAAUCGUUACAUCCUACAGUUGGCUCAGGAGUACUGUGGGGAUUGCAAGAAUUCUUUUGAUGAACUCUCCAAAAUCAUCCAGAAAGUCUUUGCUUCACGAAAGGAGUUGUUAGAAUAUGACCUGCAGCAAAGGGAAGCUGCCACGAAAUCAUCUCGGACCGCUGUGCAACCCAUGUUCACUGCCAGCCAGUACAGAGCCUUAUCUGUCCUGGGUUGUGGGCACACCUCCUCUACCAAGUGCUAUGGUUGUGCGUCAGCUGUCACAGAGCACUGCAUUACACUGCUGCGGGCCCUGGCCACCAACCCAGCCCUGAGGCACAUUCUAGUCUCCCAGGGUCUAAUCCGAGAGCUCUUCGACUACAACCUUCGCCGAGGGGCCACAACUAUGCGGGAGGAGGUCCGCCAACUCAUGUGCCUUUUAACUCGUGACAAUCCAGAAGCCACUCAACAAAUGAAUGACCUGAUUAUAGGCAAAGUCUCCACAGCCCUGAAGGGCCAUUGGGCCAAUCCUGAUCUGGCAAGUAGCCUUCAGUAUGAAAUGCUGUUGCUGACAGAUUCUAUCUCGAAGGAGGACAGCUGCUGGGAGCUUCGGUUACGCUGUGCACUCAGUCUUUUCCUCAUGGCUGUGAACAUUAAGACGCCUGUAGUUGUUGAGAAUAUUACUCUCAUGUGCCUGCGGAUCUUGCAGAAGCUGAUUAAACCACCUGCUCCCACCAGCAAGAAGAACAAGGAUGUUCCUAUGGAGGCCCUCACCACAGUGAAACCUUACUGCAAUGAGAUUCAUGCCCAGGCCCAGCUGUGGCUCAAGAGAGAUCCAAAAGCAUCCUAUGAAGCUUGGAAGAAGUGUCUCCCUAUCCGAGGAAUAGAUGGCAAUGGCAAAUCUCCCAGCAAAUCAGAGCUCCGCCAUCUCUAUUUGACUGAGAAGUAUGUGUGGAGGUGGAAACAGUUCCUGAGUCGUCGGGGAAAGAGGACCUCCCCCUUGGAUCUCAAACUAGGGCACAACAACUGGCUACGGCAAGUACUGUUUACUCCAGCAACACAGGCAGCACGCCAGGCAGCCUGUACCAUUGUGGAAGCUCUGGCCACCAUUCCCAGCCGCAAGCAGCAGGUCCUUGACCUCCUCACCAGUUACCUAGAUGAAUUGAGUAUUGCCGGAGAGUGUGCAGCUGAGUACUUGGCUCUCUAUCAGAAACUCAUCACUUCAGCCCAUUGGAAAGUCUACCUGGCAGCUCGGGGAGUCCUGCCCUAUGUGGGCAACCUCAUCACUAAGGAAAUAGCCCGUUUGCUGGCCCUAGAGGAAGCCACACUAAGCACCGAUCUGCAGCAAGGAUAUGCCCUCAAGAGCCUUACAGGCCUUCUCUCCUCCUUUGUUGAGGUGGAAUCCAUCAAAAGACACUUUAAAAGUCGCCUGGUGGGUACUGUGCUGAAUGGAUACCUGUGUUUGAGAAAACUGGUGGUUCAGAGGACCAAGCUGAUCGAUGAGACACAGGAUAUGUUGCUAGAGAUGCUGGAGGACAUGACCACAGGUACAGAAUCGGAAACCAAGGCCUUCAUGGCUGUGUGCAUUGAGACAGCCAAGCGCUACAAUCUGGAUGACUACCGAACGCCUGUGUUCAUCUUUGAGAGGCUUUGCAGCAUUAUUUAUCCGGAGGAAAAUGAAGUCACUGAGUUUUUUGUGACCUUGGAGAAGGAUCCUCAACAAGAAGACUUCUUACAGGGCAGGAUGCCUGGGAACCCAUACAGCAGCAAUGAACCAGGCAUUGGGCCACUGAUGAGGGACAUAAAGAAUAAGAUUUGCCAGGACUGUGACUUGGUGGCACUUUUGGAAGAUGACAGUGGGAUGGAGCUUCUAGUGAAUAAUAAAAUCAUUAGCUUGGACCUUCCUGUGGCUGAGGUUUACAAGAAGGUCUGGUGUACCACGAAUGAGGGAGAGCCUAUGAGGAUUGUUUAUCGUAUGCGGGGACUACUGGGUGAUGCCACAGAGGAGUUCAUUGAGUCUUUAGACUCCACCACAGAUGAAGAAGAAGAUGAAGAAGAAGUAUAUAAGAUGGCUGGUGUGAUGGCCCAGUGUGGAGGCCUGGAGUGCAUGCUUAACAGACUGGCAGGGAUCAAGGAUUUCAAGCAAGGGCGCCAUCUUCUAACAGUGCUGCUGAAAUUAUUCAGUUACUGCGUGAAGGUGAAAGUCAACAGGCAACAGCUGGUCAAGUUGGAAAUGAACACUUUGAAUGUGAUGCUGGGGACGCUAAACUUGGCGCUGGUAGCUGAACAAGAGAGCAAGGAUAGUGGUGGUGCAGCUGUGGCUGAGCAAGUGCUUAGCAUCAUGGAGAUCAUCCUGGAUGAGUCCAAUGCUGAGCCCCUGAGUGAAGACAAGAGCAACCUACUCCUGACAGGUGACAAAGAUCAGCUUGUGAUGCUCCUGGACCAAAUCAACAGCACCUUUGUUCGUUUCAACCCUAGCGUGCUCCAGGGCCUGCUCCGAAUUAUCCCGUACUUGUCCUUUGGAGAGGUGGAGAAAAUGCAGAUCCUGGUGGAGCGAUUCAAGCCAUACUGCAACUUUGAUAAGUAUGAUGAAGAUCACAGUGGUGAUGAUAAAGUCUUCCUUGAUUGCUUCUGUAAAAUAGCAGCAGGCAUCAAGAACAACAGCAAUGGACAUCAGCUGAAGGAUCUGAUUCUCCAGAAGGGAAUUACCCAAAAUGCCCUUGACUAUAUGAAAAAGCAUAUCCCCAGUGCCAAGAAUUUGGAUGCUGACAUCUGGAAAAAGUUUUUGUCUCGCCCAGCCCUGCCAUUUAUCUUGCGGCUUCUUCGAGGGCUGGCCAUGCAACACCCUGCCACCCAGGUUCUAAUUGGAACUGACUCCAUCACAAACCUGCACAAGCUGGAGCAGGUAUCUAGUGACGAGGGCAUUGGGACCCUGGCUGAGAACCUGCUGGAGGCAUUGCGGGAACACCCUGAUGUAAACAAGAAGAUUGAUGCAGCCCGCAGGGAGACCCGGGCCGAGAAGAAGCGCAUGGCCAUGGCGAUGAGGCAGAAGGCUCUGGGCACCUUGGGCAUGACGACCAACGAAAAGGGCCAGGUUGUGACCAAGACGGCGCUGCUGAAGCAGAUGGAAGAGCUGAUUGAGGAGCCCGGACUCACGUGCUGCAUCUGCCGGGAGGGCUACAAGUUCCAGCCCACGAAGGUCCUGGGUAUUUACACCUUCACUAAGCGAGUCGCCUUGGAGGAGCUGGAGAAUAAGCCCCGGAAACAGCAGGGCUAUAGCACUGUGUCCCAUUUCAACAUUGUGCACUAUGAUUGCCACCUAGCUGCUGUCAGGUUGGCUCGAGGCAGGGAAGAGUGGGAAAGUGCCGCCCUUCAGAAUGCUAACACUAAGUGCAAUGGGCUUCUUCCAGUCUGGGGGCCCCAUGUCCCUGAAUCAGCUUUUGCCACUUGUUUGGCAAGACACAACACUUACCUCCAGGAAUGUACAGGCCAGCGGGAACCCACGUACCAGCUCAACAUCCAUGACAUCAAGUUACUGUUCUUGCGCUUUGCCAUGGAGCAAUCCUUCAGUGCGGACACUGGUGGGGGUGGCCGGGAGAGCAACAUCCACCUGAUCCCGUACAUCAUUCACACUGUGCUUUACGUCCUGAACACAACCCGAGCUACUUCUCGAGAGGAGAAGAACCUCCAAGGCUUUCUAGAGCAGCCCAAGGAGAAGUGGGUGGAGAGUGCCUUUGAAGUGGAUGGGCCCCACUAUUUCACAGUCCUGGCCCUCCACAUUCUGCCUCCUGAGAAGUGGAAAGCCACACGUGUGGAAAUCUUGCGGAGACUGCUGGUGACCUCUCAGGCCCGGGCAGUGGCUCCAGGGGGAGCCACAAGGUUAACAGAUAAGGCUGUGAAGGACUACUCUGCUUACCGUUCUUCCCUUCUGUUUUGGGCCCUAGUUGAUCUCAUUUACAACAUGUUUAAGAAGGUGCCUACCAGUAACACAGAGGGAGGCUGGUCCUGCUCUCUAGCUGAAUACAUCCGCCACAACGACAUGCCCAUCUAUGAAGCUGCUGACAAAGCUCUGAAAACCUUCCAGGAGGAGUUCAUGCCAGUGGAGACCUUCUCAGAGUUCCUCGACGCAGCUGGCCUUUUAUCAGAAAUCAAUGAUCCAGAGAGCUUCCUGAAGGACCUGUUGAACUCAAUCCCCUGAUCCUCCACACAAACACUGCAAUUGAUGAAGAUCGGUGCGAGCUUGACUUCCAUCCCUCUGUGUUCUUCCCUCCUUGUGCAUUGAUUUCCCCCCCCCAAAACGGAUGCUGCAUUACACCCCCAACUCCCUUCUUCCCUCAGUUUCCCUUGGAGUGGCUUGGGGGUUUUAGGCUUCCUAUUUUAUCUUGUGUGUGUGGUACACUAGCUAUGAAGUUGUAACCCCAGCUGUCAAAGGACCUGUACAUACCUAGGAGCCAUGAGUUGUCCUGGCCAACUUAAUACUUGAGUGUGCACAUCUUGAGAAAUAAAUGACUUAAUACACAUUGAAAAA